GCCAGGGCGCCCUGCUAGGCAUCCUGGGCUUCCUCCGAGCCCGCAAACCCAGCUCAGGGGCACAGUGGCCAUCUGGGCACUGACCCCUCACUCCGAGAGCGAGAGGGGACCGAGCGUGAGCUUUGGAGUUAGGAGGGCUGAGCUGCAGUUCCUGCCUGGCACUGGAGCCGCUCAACACGGGACACCUAGCCGCCCCAGGUCCCAGGGCUGGAAAAUGGCAAUGGUCUCCUGUGGGCAGCCUCCAUGAGGCCCUGGACCAGUGCAUGACGGCCCUGGACCUCUUCCUCACCAACCAGUUCUCAGAAGCACUCAGCUACCUCAAGCCCAGAACCAAGGAGAGCAUGUACCACUCACUGACGUAUGCCACCAUUCUGGAGAUGCAGGCCAUGAUGACCUUCGACCCCCAGGACAUCCUGCAUGCUGGCAACAUGAUGAAGGAGGCACAGUCGCUGUGUCAGAGGCACCGGAGGAAGUCUUCGAUGACCGACUCCUUCAGCAACCUGGUGCACCGCCCCACCAUGGAGCAGUUCACGGAAGAGGAAAUCCACGCAGAGGUCUGCUAUGCAGAAUGCCUCCUGCAGAGAGCAGCGCUGACCUUCCUGCAGGAUGAGAACAUGGUGAGCUUCAUCAAGGGUGGCAUCAAAGUUCGAAACAGUUACCAGACUUACAAGGAACUGGACAGUCUGGUCCAAUCCUCGCAGUACAGCAAGGGAGAGAGCCACAGGCACUUUGAAGGCGGGGUGAAGCUCGGCGUGGGAGCCUUCAACCUGACGCUGUCCAUGCUUCCCACAAGGAUCCUGAGGCUGCUGGAGUUUGUCGGGUUUUCAGGAAACAAGGACUACGGGCUGCUGCAGCUGGAGGAGGGCGCGAGCGGGCACAGCUUCCGCGCGGUGCUGUGCGUCAUGCUGCUGCUGUGUUACCACACCUUCCUCACCUUCGUGCUUGGUACAGGGAAUGUCAACAUCGAGGAGGCAGAGAAGCUGCUGAAGCCCUACCUGAACCGAUACCCCAAGGGCGCCAUCUUCCUGUUCUUUGCUGGGCGGAUUGAAGCUAUCAAAGGAAACAUUGACGCCGCCAUCCGGCGCUUUGAAGAGUGCUGCGAGGCCCAGCAGCACUGGAAGCAGUUCCACCACAUGUGUUACUGGGAGCUGAUGUGGUGCUUUACCUACAAGGGCCAGUGGAAGAUGGCCUACUUUUACGCUGACCUGCUGAGCAAGGAGAACUCCUGGUCCAAGGCCACCUACAUCUACAUGAAGGCUGCCUACCUCAGCAUGUUUGGGAAGGAGGACUACAAGCCAUUCGGGGAUGAUGAGGUGGAGCUGUUCAGGGCUGUGCCGGGCUUGAAGCUCAAGAUUGCUGGGAAAUCUCUACCCACAGAGAAGUUUGCCAUCCGGAAGUCCAGGCGCUACCUCUCCCCCAACCCCAUCUCGUUGCCAGUCCCUGCUCUGGAAAUGAUGUACAUCUGGAAUGGCUACGCUGUGAUUGGGAAGCAGCCAAAACUCACAGAUGGGAUGCUUGCAGUCAUCACCAAGGCUGAAGAGAGGCUGGCGGCGGGCCCAGAGAAUGAGUACUCAACAGAUGACGACUGCUUGGUCAAAUUGCUGAAAGGCCUGUGUCUGAAAUACCUGGGCCGCACCCAAGAGGCAGAGGAGAAUUUCAGGAGCAUCUCCAUCAACGAAAAGAAGAUCAAAUAUGACCACUACUUGAUUCCAAAUGCCUUACUGGAGCUGGCACUGCUGUUUAUGGAGCAAGGCAGAAAUGAAGAGGCCAUCAAACUCCUAGACUCUGCAAAGCAUAACUACAAGAAUUACUCCAUGGAGUCGAGGACACAUUUUCGAAUCCAGGCAGCCACACUCCAGGCCAGAUCUUCCCUGGAAGAUGGCAGCAGCAGUCUAUAGUCUCAGCAGUGUCCUUGUAGCUCCCUGCAGCACUCCGGGGCUGGACGAUGAGCAGACAGCUAGCUGGACAGAGCUCCUGGAAACAUUUCAAAAGAUUCCCCUCCCCACCCCCACCCUUCCUUGGGGUCCACCCGGUGCUCCAGUGGGAUGGCACAAGAACAUCUGUGCAGAAGCAAAGACAGCAUUUUUACCAGUGUGGCCAAGGCCUGUGCCACAGGCAGAGCAGGUGGGCCCUAUGCCUGCCCUAUCACACAUACGGGUACUUGUUUUACACUGUGAUGUUUAAGAGAAUGUAUGAACAGUUUACAUUUCUUCAAAGAUACAUUGAUGGGAAUUAUAGUUGGUAUAUUAAAAAAAAAAACUAAACCAAAAAAACUGAACCAAACAAAACCUGCAACUGCCUGUAAUCUAUUUUCAUUCACCCAGAGCGUAAAUCUCUCUACAUGCUGCCAAAGGCCAAAUUGCUUUUCACACCUCAGCAAUGUCUUAGCUUUUGAGGAAAGGGUUGUUCGUAGCAUUGAGAUACUGGA